GUUCCCUUUACUAUUAAUCCCGGGUCCCGUACGGACACGUCGACUGGUCACACGCCAUCAUUCACACAGCAGUCGGAAGGUCCUGAUUUGUUGUCGAGAUGACCAUCACAGCAGUGAAAGAUACCCUUAUGCGAGGGAUACAGGAAUAUUAUGAUACCAACAGAUAUACUGACGUCAUAGUGCAAGUGGGAGACCAGUCGUUUCACUGUCAUCGGAUCGUGCUUUCCGCCGUCUCUAAAUUCUUCGACGCCAUGUACUCAUCUGGGAUGAAAGAGUCCCAGGAGGACAGAAUCUGCCUGAAGGACAUCACACCGUCCGUGUUCAAACUUGUGAUUUCAUUUAUAUACAAGGAUGCCGAAGUCCUAACCGAACAUACUGCAGAGGACCUCUUCAAAACGUCUUCUCUUCUUCAGAUCGACUCCUUAUUGGAAAAAUGUGAGGUUUUCUUGGAAAAUAAAAUGAACGAAGAAAAUUGUUUGGGAAUUUGGAAACUGGCUAGAGCAUAUCACAGUAAAUCUCUAGAGGCCAAGUGCUGGGAAUUUAUACAAAAACAUUUUGAAGAAGUUCGCUUGAAUGAGGAAUUUGUAACGCUUGAACUGGACGAACUUUGUGAGAUCAUUAAAGCAGACGACUUAGUAGUCAUUAGAGAGGAGAAUGUGUGUGACUCGGUGUUACGUUGGAUCGAUGCCGACGAGGACGUAAGGGAAACAUCCGUGGGAAUCUUGUUGUCUCACAUAAGGUUAACUCUGGUCAGUUUGGAGUAUCUAUUAGACCAACUGGACUCUCUAGAAAUGGUUCGCUCAAACGACAUAAGUUCAAAACUGGUCAGCCAAGCAGUGAAACUACAUGCUUUUCCCGCUAGAAGAAACGAACAGUGUCAUAUGUUACAGCCGCAGAGGAAGAGUUCAGACAGAGAAACAGUGCUGACAGUGAUAGGCCGGCGUUUAAAGGAGAACGGCGAGAGGAUAGUGGAAUUCAUUGCCUACAGCUUUGCUCAGCAAAAAUGGUAUUCCCUUCAUCCAACACCGCCAGAUAUGGGUGAGGAGUUCGCAACUUGCUGCCAUGGUGAUGACCUGUUCAUAACGGGCGGCACCAACAAACUGAACGGCUGCUAUUAUUUCUCCUCAAAACUGUCCCGAUGGCGUAGUCGUGCUUCGAUGAAUUCAGGUCGUUACCGACAUUGUAUGGUGUCCGUAAAAGGGGCACUGUAUGUUCUUGGGGGUUACAACGCCGGCACAUUGAAAAGUGUCGAGGAGUACGACAUUCGGAACGAUAUUUGGAAACCAGUCGGUGACCUCCACAUGUGUGUAGACGCCUCGUGUGCUGUGGCCAUCGGAAGUAAGAUCUACACGUUUGGAGGUUGGCUUGGAUGUGCCGAAGAAACUGCAGCCAUCCAGUGUUUUAAUACUGAAACAUACGCUUGUACGCAUGUCGGCAAUCUCCCCAGCCCUAGUAGGUUUACCAGAGCGGUUGCGUGUGGCAAAAGAAUUGACGUUUUAUGUUCUGAGGGCAAAUUAGUGUCUUUUACUGGAAACGGACCCACCAAGCUCAUCGGAAGGAUCCCGAAUUUCGACAGGAAACACUUUAGUAUGAUACGCGAUAACAACGACAGCCAGAGACUUUUGGUUCUGGGUGGGGACGUUACUUUCCACCAGCAGCAGACAUGUUACGAUGACACACACUACCGAGACAUAUACAGCGUUAUAGGGGGCGACGUGUCCGUGUGUACAAGUAAACAUUUCCCUACCAUGAUGGAGGUAGCUGGCUGUACCUACAUGGUCAUUGACAAACGGGAGUUCCACACUGACUACGAGAAAAUGCUUGUUGAGUUUGAUGUUUGAGAGACAGUUGGUGUGCGUGUGUGUGUUUGGGGGGGGGGGGGGGGGGGGGGGGGGGUAUUGGCGAUGUCAACUUUUUACAGGGGUACUUAUAUUUAAUAUAUGUGCGAUAUUAUUCGGAUAUAUUUAUUAUAUUUAUUUCAGGAAGAAAAAUAAUAUAUUGCCCUAAGUUAUCUUAUUUAUUUUACAUUUUGUAUGAAUGUGUGUUUGUAUACUUGUUCAUUUCCGUACAUACAAUUUUACCUGACAUUGUACGUACCCUUUAUUGGUGUAUUCUGUGUGUCAUGAUUCAUUUUAAUAUAUAUAAUUUGAUAUAUACAACUUGCUAUAUACAACUUAAUAUAUACAACUUGAUAUAUACAACUUAAUAUAUACAACUUAAUAUAUACAACUGAAUAUGUAUAUACAACUUGAUAUAUACAACUGAACUUGUAUGGAUUCAAUUAAAAUUAA